CAAUUCCCAGGAAGCCCCGCCAACGUGUUCCUUGUCAAUAUGGCUGUUGUCACACAGACAAAGCGCACGCAAAUCAUUCGCCUCUGAUUAGAAAUCCUUGGAAAACAUUCAGAUAUCAAACUGCAUCACAACGCGGCCUCGGUUCCCUCCCGAGGUGGGCCUCCGGUCGUGUCGUGGACGCAAAUGUUCAAGUGGACGAUUUAAAAAGCCAGGAUGUCCGACUUCAGCGAGGAGCCGCGCUUCACGAUCGAGCAGAUCGAUCUGCUGCAGCGGCUGCGUCGCUCAGGCAUGACCAAGCAGGAGAUUCUCCACGCACUCGAAACUCUGGACCGGCUGGACCGGGAGCACGGCGACAAGUUUGGUCGCCGCACCUCUUUCUCCUCCUCUUCCUCCUCCUCCUACGUAGUAGGCGGGGCCAACAGCUGCACCAACAACUCUGCCUCUAACAACACUGCCUCGGCAACCACCACCUCUUCCGCCAUGUGCAAUGGCGACACCGGCGCCAUCAACAGUGGCGAAGCUGCCGUACGCGGCCACUCUACAACCACUGCCUCCUCUACCACCUCCAAGAUCUCCACCGCCACGCAGACCCAGUUUGGAACCGGCGGAGCACUCUCGCCCUCGCCAAGUAACAGCUACGACACGUCCCCGCCUCCAGCGCCGCCGCCACCCUCCACCAUCCUGCCCUCACCUGUGUCGCUGGUGGCGCUGUCACAGAACGGGCGCGACAGCCUAGCCGCCACACCUAAUGGGAAGCUAUCUCCUCCUCGGUACCCGGUGAACAGCGCCGCAGCUUCAAGAACCUUCGGGUUUGAGGCUACGGAAGAUGACCUAGAUGUUGAUGAUAAGGUGGAGGAGCUGAUGAGGAGGGACAGCAGUAUGGUGAAAGAAGAGAUUAAAGCCUUCCUGGGUAACCGCCGGAUCUCUCAGGCAGUGGUGGCACAAGUCACAGGCAUCAGUCAGAGCAGGAUCUCCCACUGGCUGCUGCAGCAUGGCUCCGACCUGAGCGAGCAGAAGAAGAGAGCCUUCUACCGCUGGUACACGCUAGAGAAAACCACGCCAGGUGCUACUUUGAACAUGCGACCUGCACCCUUGCCUCUGGAGGACAUGGAGUGGAGGCAAACCCCUCCCCCCCUCGCCACGGCCCCAGGAACAUUCCGACUCCGGCGGGGAAGCCGCUUCACCUGGCGGAAAGAGUGUCUGGCCGUGAUGGAGAGCUACUUCAACGACAACCAGUAUCCCGACGAGGCCAAAAGGGAGGAGAUCGCCAACGCCUGCAAUGCUGUUAUUCAGAAACCAGGGAAGAAGCUGUCUGAUCUGGAGAGGGUCACCUCCCUCAAGGUGUACAACUGGUUUGCUAACCGGCGCAAGGAGAUCAAGAGACGAGCUAACAUUGAAGCCACAAUCCUGGAGAGUCACGGGAUAGACGUGCAGAGUCCUGGCGGACAUUCCAACAGCGACGAUAUUGACGGGAACGAUUUCAGCGAACAGGCGUGUGAUCUGCCAUAUUUUGACAAGAGACCUCUCAGCCGACCGUUUGGCCUUUACCGCCUGGAGCCCACCUCACCGACACAGGAGGACAGCGCCGCCCACAGCGAGCACCAGGACCCCAUCUCCUUGGCUGUGGAGAUGGCCGCAGUCAACCACACCAUCCUGGCACUGUCCAGAACCGGAGGAGUCCCUGGCGACAUCAAGACCGAGGCUCUGGAGGACGAUUGAGCCGUGCAGAAAAGUUGUAAGGGAGGAAGAUUUCAAGAAAUAAUGUGAAAGUCCACACUAACCUGAUAUCUAAUCAAACCACUAAAGACAAAGUCUUUAAAAUAUGUGGAGGGAAGAGAAGAGCAAAAAUCUGCGGUUCUAGUCCUCGUUCUAGUCCUUUACUCUUCCUCACCCGCACCCCUCCUUUACCUCCAAAGCCUGGUCGUCUGAGCCGGUUCUCUCUCAGUCUAACUCAGCGUCAACCUCAAAAGAAAAGGUGUACUGUAUAUAAUAUAUUUGGAACUACACGCGUGCUACCUAGCUACGGUCGGUAAGGUUGUACUUGUGCCUCAUCCUUCACCUCAAGCGUGACGACCCACCUGAGAAGUCCAAAAAAAUAUUAUCUACUACCUGGUCCUUGUUUGAGCCCACUGCAGAUAGUUCCGGUUAAAUACGCCUUACUGCAGGAGUGUCCAAACUAUGGCUCGCAGGCCAAGUGAAUUUUAUCAAGUCUCGGGGUGUGCCAGGUUAAUUUUAAAUAUCAGAUAAUGGUAAAUCUGUUAUACUUGUAUAGCACUUUUCUACCUUUUUUUUUAAGGAACUCAAACACUAUUUUCACAUUCACCCAUUCACCCACUGAUGGUGGGAGCUGCCAUGCAAGGCGCUAACCAGGACCCAUCAGGUGAAGUGUCUUGUAGUGUGGAAGGUGGGGAUUGAACCAGGAACCCUCAGGUUGUUGGCAAAGCCACUCUUCCAAAUUCGCCACACCGUCGCCCCCCCAUUUGCAAAUUUUCAUGUUGCCAAUGUGAGUAAAUCAGGUAAAUCACCAUGAAUCGCAGUUUAAAGUAUGGACAGCACAGCAUCAACCUUUAUGACCCAAUCCAGACAACAAUGUCAUGGUGACAUUUUUUUUUUUUUUUAAAUGCAACCAACUCAAAAAGUCAACACAACAUACUCACAUGUUACAAUCCCUGCCCACUAAACUUUGUGGAUAUUAAAAAAAAUGUCUAAACAGAAAUUCAAAAUGACACCCAUUUAAAACCAUUACAAAGCAUGAUGGGAAAAAUGCAAAACAUACUCUCCACGCUUAUCCAUGUUUGCCGUAUUUUAGCUGCUUGAUAUUUCUGAUUGAUUACAAAACUUUAAGAAGGUCGUAAAUAAGGGGUAGGAGUCCAACUUUCACAUACUCUUGUCUAAUAAUAUUGAUUAUUAAUCAUAUUUACACCAUAUUAUAUCAUUUAUACACAUAUGUAUAGGCGUUAUAUGUAUUGUUGCAAGUUUCUUUAGCCCAAUGCGGGGCCCCCAAGUUAAAAGGUUUGGACAGCCCUGCCUUAACGCUUCGGUCACGUGCAGGAUUCUCACAGGAAUGAGGCACCAAUACUACCUUACCUACUGUUUGUACUCCAACUCUCAUCGUGCAAUUACUGGUAAGAGAAGCUUCCGGAUGAAUGGAACAUUUAAAUGGCAGGCAGUAGUGUUCGCUCCCUUUCGUACCCCAUACCAACCCUCCUCGUUACACGACUAGAUUUGUAAGCAAUCUGUAUUAUUUACCUUCGUUCAUUUAGUCACCGCACCCGGCAGCACCUUGCAACAGUUCAACUUGAAGGAGGGGAAAAAAAGCAAUUUUAGUUCCGGUGUACAAUAACAUACUGCACACGUAAUGUGAAUAAAGUGCAAUGGCAGCAAAAAAACAAAACAUACAGGAAAACGUAUAUUAUUCAUAACCCUUAUGUGAGACAAGAACACAUCUCUUUUUUUAAAAAGUAAAAAAAAACAACCAGCAAAGUGUUAUAAACAUGUUAUAGGUAUAUAUGUCAUUUAGUAACAUUCAUCAAAACAUGUAAUAUUUACAUGCUUGGAUCAUCCAAAGCACUACAUAGCAUAGCAGCAUUUGCUACUUCCUACUAAUCAUGGCAGACUUGAUGAGAGACAACAAAGACUACUUUGGGACACAUGGUGAUCCAGAAACAUAUAUUUUUGAGCCUGAAUAUAAGGAGGAUGACCUACAAGUUUUAGAAGCUCCAGCAGCUUUAGUCAAGCACUAAGCAUUGUUGCCAAGUGCUGAACAAGAACGUGAUAAAAGAAUCACUUACUCUACAAUGUCUGCUCCCACUGGGAUAAAGACAGAUGGGAUGUUUAUAUCUUUCAGCACUUGCGUUCCCUGUUUAGAUGAGGACUUUGACUUAAUCCCCACUCCACUGGUGAAAAAAUGCUGCGAGCAAAAUGCGUGGAAUUUUCGAUGUUGACCGACUAAUUCUGCCUGAUUAUUCAUCCAGCGUUAACUUUGGCAAGCUGACAGGCGAUGAAACCGGUGGUCGUAUGAGCAGUGUGAGCAAGACAAUGUGUCCCUACGCCAGAAAAGUAGUUCCUCAAUGUUAGCCCCUGCAAUAACAAUUUAGCUAUAGCUUGGUUAAUAUGCAUGUCACGUAAUGUACUGUAAAUAAAAUAUAAGUGUUUAUAGGCCAGAUAAUUAAUCACAUGACCUGCAUUGUCAGCUGCCUCUUGCUAGCAGUCGUUUUACUAUUCAGAAGGCGCUAAAAUAGAAACAUAUGUUCUUGUCUCACAUAAAGAUGGUGAAUGAUAGACACUUUCCAAAGAAGUGUAGUUUUACUUGAAUUAUAAGUUGGCGUACAAAAGUACCUUGAAGCACAGUUGCAGGUGUGUUCCUGCAUGGACGAUGAUGUCACUAAUGGAAUCUUCUGUGAAGGUGCACACAUUCAACUUCUUCUUUAAACUCUUGAAGAGAGGAUCAUUGUUGUUCUCACUUUGACAGAAAAAAAAGUUGUCUUUGGGAACUUGAUAGUGGGCAAACAUGGUGUGUCAAGGUGGUAGGUCAGAAUCCUGGUCAGUGAAGCAUCCAUUGACGGUCAAUUGUCUUGCCCAAGGACACUUCAGCAGUGACGGGUGGUCAGGAGGCGGGAUUAGAACCGGUAGCUUGCCAGUUAUUGGACAAGCACUCUACCUUCUGUCCCUUUGAGACACUGCUGUUAAAGUAGCAUAGUUGGCUUGGUUGUCGUGGUAACAAUGCUAAUUAACAUAGUUGUUAUGGUAUCAAUGUUGGUUGACAUGGUUGUCAUGGUAAUGAUGAUAAUUAACAUAGUUGUUAUGGUAUCAAUGUUGGUUGACAUGGUUGCCAUAGUAACGAUGCUAAUGAACAUAGUUGUCAUGGUAUCCAUGUUAGUUGACAUGGUUAUGGCAAUGAUGCUAGUUGGCAUGGUUGUCAUGGUAACGAUGCUAGAUGACAUUGUAACGAUGUUAACUUACACAGUUGUCAAGGUAUUGAUGCUAGAUGACAUUGUAACGAUGUUAACUUACACAGUUGUCAAGGUAUUGAUGCUAGAUGACAUUGUAACGAUGCUAACUAAAGCUAAUUAACAUAUUUGUCUUUGUAACAAUGCUAGAUGACAUGUAAAAAAGCAAAAUAACACAGUUGUCAUGGUAACGAUACUAGAUGACAUGGUAACGAUGCUAAUUAACCUAGUUGUUCUGGCAACGAUGCCAGUUGACAUUGUUGUCAUGUUCGCGAUGCUAAUUAACAUAGUUGCAUUGUACUGAUGCUAAUUGACAUAGUUAUGGUAACAAUGCUAGUUGAUAUGGUUGUCAUGGUAACAACGCUAGUUGACAUGGUAAUCCUGCUAGUUGUCAUGGUAACAAUGCUAGUUGACAUGGUUGUCAUGGUAUUCAUGCUAGUUGACAUGGUUGUCAUGGUAACGAUGCUGAUUAACAUAAUUGUUGUGGUAUCAAUGCUAGACGACAUAGUUGUCAUGGUAAUGAUGCUAAUUAACACUGUUAUGGGAUUGAUGCAAGUUGACGUAGUUGUCAUGGUAACAAUGAUAAUUUAUAUAGUUGUCAUGGUGUUGAUGCUAAUUGUCAUUGUUGUCAUGGUAACAAUUCAAAUUAACAUAUUUGUCAUGGUAUUGAUGCUAAUUGAGAUAGUUGUCAUGGUAACAAUGCUAAUUAACGUAGUUGUCAUGGCAUUGAUGCUAAUCGACAGUUACAUGUUAACAAUGCUAAUUGACAUAGUUGUCAUGGUAACAAUGCUACUUGACAUAGUUGUUAUGGUAUUGAUGCUAAUUGACAUAGUUGUCAUGGUAACAAUGCUAAUUUUUAUAGUUGUCAUGGUAAUGAUGCUAAUUGACAUAGUUGUCAUGGUAACAAUGCUAAUUAACGUAGUUGUUUUGGUAUUGAUGCUAAUUGACAUAGUUGUCAUGGUAACAAUGCUAAUUAACAUAUUUUUCAUGGUAUUGAUGCUAAUUGACAUAGUUGUCAUGGAAACAAUGCUAAUUAUUAUAUUUGUCAUGGUAUUGAUGCUAAUUGACAUAGUUGUUAUGGUAUUGGUGCAAAUUGACAUAGUUGUCAUAGUAACAAUGUUAAUUAACAUAUUUGUCAUGGUAUUGAUGCUAAUUGACAUAGUUGUCAUGGUAAUCAUGCAAAUUAACAUAGUUAUGGUAAUGUUGCUAGAGGACAUGGUUGUCAUGGUAACAAUGCUAAUUAAAACUGUUAUGUAUUGAUGGUAGUUGGCAUAGUUGUCAUGGUAACAAAGCUAAUUAACAUAGCUGUCAUGGUAUUGAUGCUAAUUAACAUAGCUGUCAUGGUAUUGAUGCUAAUUAACAUAGUUGUCAUGGUAACCAUGCUAAUUAACAUAGGUGUCAUGGUAACAAUGUUAAUUAACAUAGUUGUCAUGCUAUUGAUGCUAAUUGACACAGUUGUCAUGGUAACCAUGCUAAUUAACGUAUGUGUCAUGGUAACAAUGCUAAUUAACAUAGUUGUCAUGGUAUUGAUGUUAAUUGACAUUGUUGUCAUGGCAACAAUGCUAAUUACCAAAGUUGUCAUGGUAUUGAUGCUAAUUGACAGUUGUCAUGGUAACAAUGCAAAUUAACAAAGUUGUCAUGGUAUUGAUGCUAAUUGACAGUUGUCAUGGCAACCAUGCUAAUUAACAGAGUUGUCAUGGUAUUGACGCUAAUUGACAGUUGUCACGGUAACCAUGCUAAUUCACUUAUUUAUGGUGACGAUGCUAGUUGACAUAAUUGUCAUGGUAUUGAUGCUAAUUGACGGUUGUCAUGGUAACCAUGCUAAUUAACUUAUUUAUGGUGACCUUGCUAUUUGACACUGGUUGUCAUGGUAAUGAUGCUACUUGACAGUUGUCGUGGUAACGGUGCUAAUGAACAUAGAUGACAUGGUUUUGAUAUUAAUUGACAUGGUUGUCAUGGUAUUGAUGCUAAUUGACACAGUUGUCAUGAUAACCAUGCUAAUUAACGUAGGUGUCAUAGUAUCAAUACUAAUUAACAUAGUUGUGAUGGUAACAAUGCUAAUUAACAAAGUUGUCAUGGUAUUGAUGCUAAUUGACAGUUGUCAUGGUAACCAUGCUAAUUAACUUAUUUAUGGUGACGAUGCUAGUUGACAUGGUUGUCAUGGUAACGAUGCUACUUGACAGUUGUCGGGGUAACGGUGCUAAUGAACAUAUAUGACAUGGUUUUGAUGUUGACAUGGUUGUCAUGGUAACAAUGCUAACUGCUUAUAUUAAAUAAUAUUUCAGUGGAUCUUUUAUGUGCUAUUUAGGAUCUGAUGGGAGGUUUGCUGAACUAAAUCUGGCCCGACGGCGAGCAUCAGAUCGCAGCGUAUAGUCCCCGCCCCUUUCAGGAAGUUCUCUUGCUGUGCCCUUGAAUGCUGACUUUGCCCUCUAUGAAAUUCCAAUUUAGUGACUUUGGACUGAAGAAAGCAGUUUUUAUGAAUCACACAAAGCACUGGGGUGGAAAACACGCUGACCAAUCACUUUUUAAGUCAUUUGAGGAAGUUUCUGACCCCUUUUGUCGCUCGACGUGAUAGUUUUGUUGUGAUGAAUGACAUCAUGACAGCUGAUGGACACUAGACCAGGGGUCACCAGGUAGCCCGUAAGGACCAGAUGAGUCGCCCGCUGGCCUGUUCUAAAAAUAGCUCAAAUAGCAGCACUUACCAGUGAGCUGCCUCUAUUUUUUAAAUUUUAUUUAUUUACUAGCAAGCUGGUCUCGCUUUGCUCGACAUUUUUAAUUCUAAGAGAGACAAAACUCAAAUAGAAUUUGAAAAUCCAAGAAAAUAUUUCAAAGACUCGGUCUUAACUUUUUAAAUAAAUUCAUUUUUUUUUACUUUGCUUCUUAUAACUUUCAGAAAGACAAUUUUAGAAUAAAAAAUACAACCUUAAAAAUGAUUUUAGGAUUUUUAAACACAUAUACCUUUUUACCUUUUAAAUUCCUUCCUCUUCUUUCCUGACAAUUUAAAUCAAUGUUCAAGUCAAUUUUUUUAUUGUAAAGAAUAAUAAAUACAUUUUGAUUUAAUUCUUCAUUUUAGCUUCUGUUUUUUCGGCGAAGAAUAUUUGUGAAAUAUUUCUUCAAACUUAUUCUGGCAAAUCUAGAAAAUCUUUAGAAUCAAAUGUAAAUCUUAUUUCAAAGUCAUUUGAAUUUCUUUAAAAAAAAAAAAAUUCUGGAAAAUUUAGAAGAAAUAAUGAUUUGUCUUUGUUAGAAAUAUAACUUGGACCGAUUUGUUAUAUAUUCUAACAAAAUGCAGAUUGGAUUUUAACCUAUUUAAAACAUGUCAUCAAAAUUCUAAAAUUAAUCUUCAUCAGGAAAAAUUACCAAUGAUGUUCCAUAAAUUUGUUUCAAAUGUUUUCAAAAAGAUUCGAAUUAGUUAGUUAGCUAGUUUUUCCUCUCUUUUUUUUGGUUGAAUUUUGAAUUUUAAAGAGUCGAAAUUGAAGAUGAACCAUGUUACAAAAUUUUAUUUAAAUUUUUUCCUGUUUUCUCCUCUUUUAAACCGUUCAAUUAAGUGUUUUUUCCAUCAUUUAUUCUCUGCAAAAAAUCUUCCGUAAAAGGAAAAAAAUGUACGACGGAAUGACAGACAGAAAUACCCAUUUAUAUAUAUAUAUAUAUAUAUGUAUAUAUAUAUAUAUAUAUAUGUAUAUAUAUAUAUAUAUAUAUAUAUAUAUAUAUAUACAUAUACUAAAGGUAAAUUGAGCAAAUUGGCUAUUUCUGGCAAUUUAUUUAAGUGUGUAUCAAACUGGUAGCCCUUGGCAUUAAUCAGUACCCAAGAAGUAGCUCUUGCUUUCAAAAAGGUUGGUGACCCCUGGUCUACAGACUCGUGCCCGCCUCUCAUCACUAUGAGCUCAUACUUAAAAUGCAAGUCCAGCUGAACAAAUCACACGGCAUUCUGGGGAAAAAGUUUCAAAACACGAUCGUCGCCUAUUAAGUUGACUCCUGGGAUCACUAAGACAUGUUACUAUUAGCUUUUCAUCCAACCCCCGCUAAAAUACACACUGUUCAGUGCAAAGGAGAUUUCAAAGUAAAAGCACGGCAGUAUUAACCUGGUUUUGACCACAGCAUCAAAGUAAAUGCACACUUUUUUGUUUAUUUGGUGCUCUUCUGCUUUCUUACAAACUCCAAAAUGUUCCCCACACAAAACGAACCUUUUCACCGGUAGCGCGAGACAAAUAGUUUUUUAAAGCGUUCUCAAAGUGCGAAUGAUUCCUUCCACUAUUUGGUGCCAGUGUCUACACAGGAUGGAAAUCGAGAAAUCCUCUUGAAGGCUAAAGUGCAAGCUGAAAGAGUGAUUAGCGUUGUCAUAUUUUAAUGAACACUCCGUGCACCUUACUCCAUUUUUGAAGUGUUAUUCCUCCACACGUACUCGUCACCUUACGCUAACUUGGACAAUUGUCGCCGGAAAAUGAAACAUGUGCAAGAAAAACACCAAAAAAACCCAAACCAUACGGUGCGGGUCUUUCACAAUAAAAGUAUUAUUGAGAUGUUUUGCUACAAAACGAAGCGUUUGUGUGAACAAAAAGCGUCAAAGUCCUAAAACGGUUUGGCCAGGAAAAAGUCAAAUUUUAUUGUACAUUUUUGCCUUUUUAUUGUCGUCUUCAUUAACACGGGAGCAAAAAAGCUAUUCCCGCUUCAAAAUAUUCUUUCGAAGACAUAUUUGGAUGUGUCGAAGGAUGGAAGAUACAGCAAAAGAUAUUUGGAGAAUGAGUGGAAGUGUAGUCCAGUCCGUAGUCGUGCUUCUUCCGCUCUUCCGGCUGCACCAGGAUCCCCUUGUGACACGCCGCUUCAUCCCUGUCUAACUCAAAAGCUACUUUACGUUCAAUUUGACUGUAUUGCCCAUUUUGGAAUUUAGUGCCUUUUUUGGACAGUAGACUGUUCUGUAAUUAAGAUAUGUAGUAUAUAUACAUUUUUGUACAGUUUCUUUGUUCAUUUUUUCACCUUGUGUUUUAGUAUGGUAUACACACACACACACACACACACACAUAAAUAUAUAUAUAUAGAUAUAUAUAUAUAUAUAUAUCAUGUACAAGAGAAUAAAGCUAUAUCAAUGAAAGCAGAUCUGUCUCACAUUGUGGAUUCAAACACAUCGACAGUAGAAUUUCCCCCAAAAAAGGUGUCCACCUCACAUCAUCCAUUCACCUUUCCCUCAUUUGAACCGCGAUUUCCUCAAUGUCGGCAGCACUCAUGCAGCCUCCGUCGUUUUUGUGUUGCCAGCAGUUCACGCGAUACUGGCUUGUGUACUUUUUCUAUACUGUAAUACAAGCAGUACAUUGACUCUAAAGUGCAGUACAUUCAAGUGCAAUUGUAUAGUAUUAUGAAGAUCUACGAUAAUAAAAAAAAAAGAAUCUUACUCACA